AUGUCGGGGAAGCUUCUGCAGCCUCUGCUGGUACUGGGGUUGGUGUCUAACCCGCGUCUUCCUCUCCAUUCUUCCAGCAUUAAAGAUUGGAAAACCCGGCUGAGCUACUUCCUGCAGAACUCUUCCAGCUCUGCUAAAAUGAAACCCAAGACGGUGGGGAAACACCGCACCUACUUCAGACCUUCCCCUGAAGAAGCCCAGCUGUGGUCGGAAGCCUUCGAUGAACUUCUGGCGAAUAAAUAUGGUCUUGCUGCUUUCCGAGCUUUUCUGAAGUCCGAGUUCUGUGAAGAGAACAUCGAGUUCUGGUUGGCCUGUGAGGACUUCAAGAAAACCAAGUCACCCCAGAAGCUGACAUCGAAAGCGAAAAAAAUCUACAAUGACUUCAUUGAAAAGGAGGCUCCCAAAGAGAUAAACAUAGACUUCCAAACCAAGAACACAAUUGCACAGAAUAUUCAAGAAGCCACACAUACCUGCUUCAGUGCAGCGCAGAAGAGAGUUUACAGCUUAAUGGAGAACAACUCAUACCCACGGUUUCUGGAAUCUGAGUUCUAUCAGGAGCUGUGCAAGAAGACUCCCAUAACCAGGGCAGCCCAGGGGACAUGA